AAACAAAAUCACGGUGAUCUCCAAUCAGAAAUUUCGUCGUUACCAGCAUGUGAAUAUAGGAGUGUGUACAUUUAGACAGAAAGACGUCGUCAACGUUUUCGCGUCUCCUUCUGAAAUUCAUUCCAAUGAACCUGAUCAUAUUUCUCAUCUGUCUGUGUCAUGUGAAUUCUGAGAUUAUCAAGAUUCCAUUGCAGCCGGUGACUGGAAUCAGCUCACUGCUAAAUCCAUAUCGGAAACUGUUCAGGGUAUUACAACGAAGUUGGGUGAAUUUAUUGAAUGGCGGAGAUACACCAACAUCAGAACCGCUGUAUAAUAAUGGUAGUAUUCAGUACUAUGGGGAAGUGCUUGUGGGAACGCCACCGCAAGAGUUUCGUGUACUCUUCGACACAGGAUCAAUCGAAACCUGGCUUCCAUCAAGAAAAUGUUGGUUUCUUGACAUUCCAUGUUGGUUCAUUCGAUUUUACGACAGUUCGAAAUCAUCCACCUACAAGCCAAAUGGUACGAAGUUUGAUAUAAGCUACCUGAUUGGCAGUUACUUUGGAUAUUGGAGCAUGGAUACAAUGCAGGUAUUGUGGAUUUACGACUUGACUUGACAUUGGUUUUAGAUAAACUCCUUAGUCAUUCGCAAUCAGGCGUUUGAUGAAGUGACAAAUGUGUUUUCCGAGGAUUUCUUUGGUACAUGAAGAUAGGUGGAGCAGAAUUUUGCCUUAGAAAAUCCACCGGUGUUAUAGAUACUGGAACGUCUUUGAUACUGGGAAAUAGUAGAGCAGUGGAUGCGAUUAAUAAUCAUCUUGGUGCCAGAUGGGUUGGCGGUGGUGAAUACUCACUCGACUGUAAUAACAUUCAUCUGCUCCCAACAGUUGAGUUUGUUUUCAGGAGGAGGACGUAUGUACUUAGCCCGAAGGAUUACGUGCUUAAGGUGGAAAACUGGUUAUAUGCAGACUGUACAUCACCUUUCGCCAGCAAUGAUCAAUUAUCCCCUGGAUACUGAGUUCUCGGUGAUGUAUUCACGAGCAAGUUUCACACUGUAUUCGAUUUCGGUGAGUCACAGAUAAGAUUGGCUGAUGUUAACGAAGACUAAACCUCGUUAUGCUGGACCCAGUGAAUCACUGAAAAUAAACAAAUUUCACAAAGU